AUGCUUCUGAGUAGCGGUGGCGGUUUUAUCCUGGAAAAUGCUGUGCGACAGUACCCUAACGUGGCCAUUUUUCAACCAGUCAUCAACGGUGUGGGCGGAAAUCUAGCAGCUGUGCAAGCAAGUCGUCUUUCGACUUACUUUCAUCAAAGUGCGACACUUGGUGAAUUGCCAGAAGGAUGGACUCUUAAGCGUUUUUACAGCUUCACAAGAGCCUUUUUCUCUAAGGACAGCGACUCCCGAUCUGCCCGAGUUUUAUUGUUCCUCGUCGUGCCUGGCCAUAUUUUUUUCAAUUGGCUAAUCCGUGUAUUUCACUUUGGAUCAAUUAUUCCUCCACACGGUGCUUUAUUCACUAGUUUGUAUCUUAUGGCAGCUUUGACACAGGUUGUGAUACUACUUUACAUCUGCCAGUACAUGGUUGCGGUAAUGUGGACUUGGCGAAUUAACCCAGACAACGCAGUCAUUCCAUAUCUAACAGCGCUUGGGGAUGUUUUGGGUACUCUACUCCUAUUUUUACUCUUUCUCUUUCUUGAUAAGAUUGAUUCCAAGGAAAUCCUUGUCACAUAG